CAGCGUUCUGCGUCUACCGCGGCCCCAGACGCAUCAUUCACAACCGGCCAUUCCGUGAUGCGCAAGGCGAUAUAGCACACGGAUCGCUACAACUCUUCCUAUCCGACUUCGUCCCUGACAAGACACUCCGACGACUAAGCCCUCAGGUCCGCAACCAGGUCAAACAGAGUACUAUCAAUAUCCCGAAUCAUCUGCUUUGCAAGUACCUGGCAACAGGUGAAGAGAUGGAGGCAAGAGAGAGGAAGGCACAGGUCGACAUCAUGCCGGCGACCCAAGCACAAUCAUCCAAGAAGCGGGUGCACUGGGAUUCGGGCAAUGUGGAUGAGGAUGAGGACGAGGGUGCUGUACUGGGCAGCAACGAAAGCAGUAGCCACGGCAACAGUGACGGCUCAUACGACGAGAAGCCGUUGUCUAAGAGGCGGAAGACUCAUCAAGGCACGACCGACGAAGCGCACGUCUUGCCGCAGAGAAGACGGACACGAUCGAUGUCACGCGCCGAGGAUGCUACACCAAGACGAACGCGGUCGAGGUCACGCGCUACAGAAUAAAUCAUGCUCGUAAGAGCGUUGACCUGGGACUAGGAUAAUUGAGUAUGCAGUGCAUGCUUGCACUGAUUAAUUCAGACAAAACUAUCCUGCCGAUUUAUCAUUUUAUUUUCAAGUGCUCAUCUGGUUGCUAU